AUGUUCGGCCAAAUGAGAUCCGCCCUCAAGCUUCCCAAGUCGCAAGAUAUCCUCGACCACAUCUAUGCCCUCCCGCCCUCCGCCCAAGAAGACGCCAUGGAGACCAUCCGCUCCAUCGAGCGUGAAGCCAUGGCAUUGCAAAAGCCACAGGCCGGGCUCGUCGAGCUGAUGGCGUAUCUUGAUUCGCGCGGUGUUCGCAAGGGGAUUUGUACACGGAACUUCGACACACCAGUAUCCCACCUCCUCUCAACCCACCUCCCCACGCACGUCUUCUCCCCAAUCAUAACGCGCGACUUCCGCCCUCCGAAGCCCGACCCAGCCGGAAUUAUACACAUCGCCUCGCAGUGGGGGCUACCGGACCGGGCUGCUCGCUUAAUCAUGGUCGGGGAUAGCGUCGACGACAUGACUGCGGGCUACCGCGCGGGGGCGGCGACGGUGCUGCUGGUUAAUGACGUUAAUUCGUAUUUGGCGGGGCAUCAGCAUACGGAUUUGUGUGUGAAGCGGUGA